CGGUUACAUGGAACAGGAUACCUUUUGACUUCUUCCAUUCACAAGCAAUUUCUUUCGAGGUUGCAAUGAGGAUUCCGUUGUUUUUGUUUAUUACAGGCCUUGUUUCAUUUGUAUGGCCUGUAAUUUCCGCUCCAAUCUUGGCUAUCGAUUAUGGUACUGAAUGGACGAAAGCAGCUUUAAUCAAAUCUGGUAUUCCGCUCGAGCUUGUGUUGACUAGGGAUACUCGACGUAAAGAACAAAGUGCAAUUGCUUUUAAGGGUGAUGAUCGACUUUUUGGGGUUGAUGCUGCUAAUCUGGCAACUCGUUCUCCCUCUCAUUCUAUUCGAGAUGUAAAAGAAUUACUGGAUGUUUCAGGAUUGGAGUCAAGUUUGGCUCAGAAGUACUUAGAAACGCAUCCUGCAUUACAGCUUCAAGAAAAUAAAGAGUCGGUAUCUGGAGUAUCCUUUGUCGUUUCAGAUACGGAUUCGUACACAGUAGAAGAAAUCAUCGCAAUGACUAUGGAGCAUUAUAUCAACCUGGCUGAGGAAAUGGCUGAAGAGCCUGUCAAUGACUUAGUUCUAACCGUUCCUCCUCACUUUAAUGAACUACAACGGUUUGUUUUACUCGAUGCUGCACGUUUGUUAAACAAAAACGUCUUGGCUUUAAUCGACGAUGGUUUAGCAGUGGCUCUGGAAUAUUCUCUUUCUCGCUCCUUCUCUGAAGAUACUGUUUACCACAUUGUUUAUGAUGCCGGAUCUGGUUCGAGUUCUGCUACAUUGGUAGCUAUCGAUGCUAUUCCUAAGAGAGCCUCAGGUAAAGACAAAAAUAUGACUCGUAUCCGGUCUUUGGCUAGUUCUACAACCUUGGAUUUAAGCGGAAAUGAACUUAAUCGAAAAAUUAUGAACUUCAUGAAGGAGGCAUUCCAACAGAAGCAUAACAUUGAUUUAUCCCACAAUAAUCGAGCUCUUGCUCGCCUUGAGAAAGAAUCUUUACGGGUCAAGCAUGUCUUGUCUGCAAAUUCUGAAGCCUAUGCUUCAAUAGAAGAAUUAGCUGAAGGAAUCGAUUUUCGCCUGAAGAUUACUCGCUCAGUUUUUGAAUCUUUAUGCCAGGAUUUAGCUAUCGCUGCGGUUUUACCGAUCAAGGAAGCUCUAGUGAAGGGUAACAUAUCCCUUGAAAUCUUGGAUUCUGUUAUUCUUCAUGGAGGAACAUCACGUGUUCCUUUUAUUCAAUCUGCUAUAGCUGAUUAUGUUACGAGUGAUAAGGUUUCAAAAAAUGUAAAUGCCGAUGAGGCUUCUGUGAAAGGAGCUGCCUUUUAUGGCGCUAGUUUCACUAGUAGCUUCCGUGUAAAACCUGUCCUCGUUCAAGGAGCAGUUUACAGACCCUAUUCACUUACUUUGAGUAAUAUGCAUUCAUUAGUUGCGUUACCUGAUUCCACUCCAUAUGGAUCUUCCCAUUUAGUUGCUAUGAAUAUCAGCGACCUGGGAACACAUCCUUCUUUACCUGUUUAUAAUGACGGUACUCUUAUUGGAGAAAUCAGUAUUAAUAACUUAACUGAAGCCUUGAAACAAGCUGAUUCCUGCUCUGAGAAGCAUGUACUAUUUGAAUUCUCUGUUGAUUCAUUUAAGGGAAUCUUUACCCCUGUACAUUCAUACGUGGCGUGCGAGAAUAAGUCGGGUUCAGCCUCUGGCAUUGGAGGAAAAGUUAAAAGUCUUUUCAAUAACUAUCAUACUGGGAAAUUGAACGAGGAAGCAUUAGAGCUUCAUAACUUGGGUUUUGUUUACAAACGUUAUAAAGAAUUGUCUGAUGAUUCUCUUCAAAGGUUUUCGGAUAGGCUUGCGCUUCGUUCUUUGAAAGAUAAAAACAAGGUUUUACAUGAAAGUGCUCUUAAUGAAUAUGAAAGCUUGCUCUAUCGAGCUCAAAGUUUGUCUGAUGAUGAUGAAAUAUUAAUAUACGCCAAUUCAGAAGAAGCAAAAGCCUUGAAACAAAUAGCCGUCGAAGAUUUUGACUGGUUAAUUGAAGUUGGUCCAACCGCCGAUACGAAUGAAGUUUUAACUAAGCAAAAGAAGCUCAACGAUAUUCUUCAUGCUAUAUCAUAUCGUCAUGAUGAAAAUCAAAAAUUUAAAAUGAGUUUUGAAAACCUUAACUCGACUAUGGAGAGGGCGGAAGCUCUUUUGUCUAGCUUUGAUAUCCCGUCGUAUCCAUUAACGGAGUAUGAUGAAAAAGACGUGAAGAGAGUUGCGUCCAUCCGUAAUUCUUCUCAUAAGAAAUUAAGUGAACAAUAUGGAAACAUUACUUCGUGGCUCGAUGAUAACUUGAAGAAGCAUGUCUCAAGAGCCGAAUACGAAGAUCCUGUUAUCACUACUUCAGAAAUGGAUCAUAAAACUAAGAAACUUCAAAACUUGGUAUAUGAAUAUCUUCGACGUUCACUUCAACACCCGAAGUUAAAGCCUAAAACUAAAGUACCCUCCUCUUCAUCUCAGGCUACUCCUUCGUCUGAAAAAGCCGAUCACGAGAUUACAGAGUCCUCUAAAAGCUUUACAGAAAGCGAUUCGGAACCAACCUCCACAGAGACUUUGGAUACAACGACUGCCAAAUCUACUUCUUCAGCUAACGACGAUAAUGAUUUUGAGGAUGAACUUUAACCUCGAUGUUGUACACCUUGUUUUAUUUAUCAAUAAACGUAAGAACUAAAAUAAUCCGAUUUUAUGCACGAGCUCAGUUAUUUAGCUGGCCAAAUGACCUUGGAGAUAGAAAACUAGAUUACAUAGACUGAUUUGAUAGCCUUUAGAAUACGAAAUGUUAUUGAAUAACUAUAUUUUAAACUAUAAGGUUGUC